GCUUCAUUGUCUAUCAUUUAUAAUAAUCACACAAUUUCUUUCUUUCAUCCUUUAAAGAUGAUGCACCAUCUAAUACACAUGGUGAAGGAUUUUUGGUCUUUGAGCUUUAAUCGGGUUUGAUCACAGAAACAAAUGAAACGCAAAAUAAAUGGUAAUGAAUUCAAAUCUGAACAGUUUCAUAUGGAAAUCUGUGUAAGUCUAAACACUGCGGUGAAUUCUGGCUGUCUGAUGACUCCAUAGGUGUGUCUUAGGAAGGAUUGAACUCAUCUUCAUCCUCAUCCUCACAGUGCUGGGAGACUCCUCCAGAUCCUCUACUGCAUGUGUCAACUUUCUCUUUAAUUUCACCUCCUGGCACCGAAUGGACUUCACGUCUCGCUGUUGGCUGUGAGGAUUUUGUGGAGUGACAUUUUUUUUGCUGCUCUUUACGAGACCUGGCUGUUUUCUCGUUUUUAUUUAUCUUCUCAUCGACAUUUCUUUUUUAUAUCUCGUGCUGUGCUGCUAGCGUAUCCAGCUAGCUCGACAGCUAUUCAGCUAGCUAAUCAUCUGCCGGUCAAAUUCCCAUCGACUUCAGGGAUGAUUCAGAGGAUCUUCGGCUAAUGAAGAAGCAUCUCGAAGCUUCCUCUGUGGCGAAAUUUGGACUUUUGCCGACUACGAUACAAUCAUGAAGAAGCAGUUUAAUCGGAUGAAACAACUCGCCAACCAGACAGUUGGCAGAGCUGAAAAAACAGAGGUCCUCAGCGAUGACCUGUUACAGAUCGAACGUCGCAUGGAACUGGUGCGGGCUGUUUCCCACAACACACACAAGAGACUAGUUACAUGUCUGCAGGGGCAGAAAAAGCUCCCACUGACAGCAUUGUCGCAGGCCAUGCUAGAUGGUGGGAGCCAACUAGGAGAGGAGUCUCUUAUUGGGAAAAUGAUGGAGUUGUGUGGUGAGGCGGAGAACAGACUGGCGUCUGAGUUGAUGCAGCAUGAGAUUCAGAUUGAGAAGGACAUUCUAGACCCACUGAAUCAGUUAGCUGAGGUGGACAUCCCCAACAUACUCAAACAGAGAAGGCAGCUUGCCAAGCUGGUGCUAGACUACGAUUCUGCACGAACAAGAUGGUUGCAGGCAACCAAAUCCAUAAUCUCCGGAACAAACACACAAGCACUGACAGCCAAGGCAGACUCACUUAAGGAAGAGAUGGAUGAAGCAAUGAACAAAAUGGAGCUCUGCAAGGAUCAACUUUCUGCUGACCUGUACAAUUUUUUCUCAAAAGAGGGGGAAUAUGCUUGCUACUAUGUAACUUUAUUAGAGGCUCAAGCGGAUUACCACAGAAAAUCUCUCUCCGUGCUGGAAAGUGUCUUGCCAACUAUUAAGUCACAGCAAGACUCAUGGACAGAGAAGCCAGCAUUUGGAACAGGCUUAGAUGAGCACCUGAAGCGGAGUAGCAGAGAGAUAGCGCUGCCCAUAGAGGCCUGUGUUAUGAUGCUGCUGGAAACGGGCAUGAAGGAAGAGGGUCUUUUCCGGAUAACUGCAGGAGCCUCCAAACUGAAGAAGCUUAAGGCAGCGCUGGAUUGCUCCACAUCUCAACUGGAGGAGUUCUACUCUGAUCCACAUGCAGUUGCUGGGGCUUUAAAGUCUUACCUAAGGGAACUGCCAGAACCUCUUAUGACUUAUGAACUCUAUGAUGAAUGGAUUCAGGCAUCCAAUAUUUCUGACCCGGACAAAAGGUUACAAGCUUUAUGGGUGACCUGUGAUCAGUUACCAAAGAACAAUAAAGCUAACUUUAGAUAUCUGGUGAAGUUCCUUGCCAAGCUUGCUCAGGAAAGUGAAAUUAACAAGAUGACCCCCAGCAACAUAGCAAUUGUCUUGGGACCAAAUCUGUUAUGGCAAAAAACAGAAGGGAGUCUAGCAGAGAUGGCAGCUGCAACCUCUGUCCAUGUCGUUACUAUUAUCGAGCCCAUCAUUCAACAUGCAGACUGGUUUUUCCCUGAAGAUGUGGAGUUCAAUGUAUCAGGCAUGUUUUCGAUGCCAACACCAAUGACGAAUCAUGUCAACCAUCUGACCAUAUGUGACUAUGACUCGGGCACAAUGGAGAGGAAAAGACCCAAUAGUAUGUUGGGACCUGAUAAUGACUUGGCUAAACGAGACAGCUCUGCUAACAAAUUAAUGGAUCACAAUCCCCGUAGAGGCAGUACACUAACUAGAAAGCAGCACGCUUCCCCUGCCUUCCAGCCCCCUCUGCCCCCGGUGGAGGCUGUCAGUAUUGCAGGAAGCCAGCCAGUAGCUGAGCUCCUGGUACAGCAGCCUGCACCAGAGGGCCUGGGUAUGGAGGCCUGCCAGCCUAGCUUGGCACUGGGAAUGGCAGCCCUAGCAGCAGCACAGCAGCUUCUAGCACAGCAAACUGAGGAGCUCAGUGUAAAGUCAAGUGAUGCAGCAUCCACACCUCAGAAAAAUGGUUUUGGAACUUCACAACUGAGUGUGGCAUCUCCAACAACAGGAUCAGGACACAGCCCUCUCAUGGCACGCAGAGCUAUUAAAAAGCCUGCUCCUGCUCCUCCUAAACCAACCAAUCCACAUUCAGUUCAGCCAGGCAACCAGUCAACUCCACAGUCUUCAUGUGGGACUCCUCAAUCGCUCUCUCCCUCUCCGAGACCACUCUCCACUCACUCACCAAGCAGUCUUAGCCCUACUCAAUUAGGAAUUCAGUCUAGCACAAUACCUCGGCGCUAUUCAAGCAACCAGCCUCCCCUACAGGCCCCCAGCCACCCCCCUCCAGAGCCACCCAGCCAUGUCACUCCUCCUCCACAGCCUACAGCAGUUGGAGAGCCAGUAGAGGAAACAUCUCCGCCCAGUACUCCCAGUCCUCCUAAAACUCCUCCACCUUCAGUGGUCCCCAUUGAAAAUGCAAGCACAAAUGUUUCCUACCCGUUUCAGUCCGGUUCUCUGCCUCGGCCUCGGCCAGUGCCUAAACCGCGCAACAGACCCACUGUUCCACCUCCACCACAGCCUCAGAGUGUGUCAAGUGACCCAAGUGAAACUAAUGACCUCUGGAGUGCAGCCUACAAAAUGAUGGAUCCAGGGAUGUCAUUCAAAGGGCUGGGUCAAGUCCUUGUUCCUGACAUUGCACCAGAUCAGCAGCCUGUCACACAACUAAAGGACUCGGACUUGGACUCAGAGAGCACCGUCCUGUAAAGGUGAGGAUAUGGCUGCCAUAAACCUGCUACCUGUUCCUCACACCCCAUGGACUCUCUGAAAUGCUGCUGCUUCUUCCCUUUCACCAAGUUCUCAUCAGCUUGGUUGCAUUUCACCAAAGAUUUGAACUAUCAGUAGCUCCUGGAGGAAUAUUGGCAUGGGGACAUUGCAUGGCACCAAGCAGAUUAAAUCGAUCACUCAAACGUUCAUUUAAUUGCAAGAAACUGAGAAAUAGGUGAAGGUACUAGAUGGAGUUUCUUAAGUGGCCUUAGAUUAAAAAAGCGUGAGAGAACAAACCAUAUUAAGCUUGGAAUAUCAUCAGAAACCGUAUACUGUGGCUUUAGAGAGUACCUUGUGACUGCAGGUUUCCAGUCAGCUAAUAUACUCGAAUCCUGAUUUUAUGUAUGAAACUGUUCUAUAUCUGUUUUCAUCAACACAUUCCAAAAGGCUUAGGUCAAACUCAGUUGUACUGUUUUUCAUUUGAAAGUCUUAUUAUGCCGCUCACAUUUAGCUAAAUUUUCUGCAAUUUAUUAUAAAUGUAAUCUAUUACCUACAGUAUAAAAAUUUACACAUGCCACCGGGUUAGUAUUCUGUUUUCAAACGUUAAUGUUUUCCUAAACCUGGGGCAUUAAUGUGAUUAGUUCCUCAUGACAGAAGCAGCAAAUAAUGUGUGUAAGAAUUAGUUACCUGUGUAUGAAAUAAUGAUUGAAACAUUUAGCAGGUAAUGUGUUGGUUUAAAUAUUUGGUAAAUGGCAGAAGUACAACAAAUAAAAAAAGAAUUCUGACAGUCUGUGACUUGUUGGACAAGAACACUGUGUGAUAUAUGAAUGUUUUACUGUGUUAAAAAGCUCAUAAUAUCUUGAAUGAUAACAAGUGACCCAAAACUGUCCCACUCUUAAAUUGACAUACACUAAGGAUGAUCUUAAUUUUGUGUGUUAAUGGGCCUUGCCUUUACCUUGCUGCCUUACCCAUUCUAAUGUUUAAAAAUAAACAGGUGUGUAUAUAUGCAAAUGGUGUGCAAAGAACAAACUUUUGAAAUAAGAAAUCUGGGGGGAAAAUGCUUGCUAUUACUGCUUUAAAAUGAAUUAAUAAAGCACAAUACCAACUUC